AUGCAGCAUUCAAACGACCAAUUGUACUUUACAGGCGAUUUGGGGCACUACGACGAACACGGGCUACUGUAUUUGCAUGGCCGCUUGGACGACCAGAUUAAGAUCAACGGAGUGCCACAAACCCUCUACCUAUACCUGUGGUUGCCCCACAGCUGGCUUAGCGAGUCUGACGCAGUGCCUCUGACUAUCGUCAAUGGCGAAAUAAACAUCAUCAUCAUCAUCAUAACACACCGACUUCCUACAAAUGCCAACGGCAAGGUCGACCGCCUGGCGCUGAAAAGCUUAUCAAAGCAGUCAGCCAUUGUGCGGUCUGACAUGGGCCCCCGUGGCAAGACGGAAACACUCAUGGCGCAACUAUGGCAGAAGCAUCUGGAAUUGGAGGCGGUCGUUGCGCGCGACGACGAUUUCUUCUUGCUUGGCGGCAACUCCAUUUCCGCCAUCAUCAUGGGUGCGGAGCUGAACCGACGGACUGGUAAACAAGUCCCGCUGAAGGGUCUCUUCCAGUUUAGUCGGUUAGAAGACUUCUGCCACUACGUGGACGGUAUCGAAUGUCGCAGCAUGCCCUCGGAAAAUGGUGUCAUCAGCCACGACGAAGCUAGCGCCCAUCACCCAUUUGGCCUGACAGAUGUUCAACUCGCGUACCUGAUCGGCCGGGAUUCUGCCUUUGAGCUGGGUGGUGUGAGCACACACAACUAUCGCGAAGAUCGCUUUGCCUGGCUGGAUGUUGCGCUACUGACUCGGUGCGUCAACCAGCUGGUGCGUCGACACUCAGCCCUGCGUACCGUUUACUCACUGGAACGCUUUCAACGCGUGCUGGCGGAGACGCCGUUGAUACAGAUCGCCGUUCAGGACGUGAGUCUUGAUUCACCAGAACGUCAGAGGGAUGCCCUAUUGCUCUGGCGUCGAGAACUAGAGCGGCAGAUGUUCGAUACCACAACCUUCCCGUUAUUUGAAUGGCGAGUGACGCAAUAUCAAAACCACUGCGUGCUGCACUUCAGUUACGACGUGCUGAUUAUGGACGCACGAAGCAUGCGCAUCUUCAUGAGUGAGCUGAACGAGCUAUACCGCUGUCCGGAGCAAGCUUUGCCGCCGUUGAGCAUCACCUUUCGGGACUAUCAACUGGCCCACGAACAGCUGAAAACAACGCCACGCUACCGAGACGAUCGACGAUACUGGUAUGACCGCCUGCCGGAACUCCCGUACGGGCCAUCGUUAGCCACAGCCUGGCGCCCAGGUCGUGGAGGCUCCCAGGACUUCAAACGUCAGAGCUUCCGUCUAGACCCAAAAGUCUGGAAAUGUUUGCAGGAGCGAACUCGCCGGGAAAAAAUAUCCAUGACAGUGCCCUUCCUGGCUCUUUACGGACAGGUACUGGCGCGUUGGAGCUCCGAGGAGCAUUUCCUUAUCAAUCUCACCUUGUUCCAGCGCGAAGACGUGCACCCAGACACGCAGAAUCUGGUGGGCGACUUCACCGUACUUUCCUUGUUCGAGUACCGCCAGCGCCAAGAACCGGUUCGGCAGUUGCUGCGAGACAUCCAGGAAAGGCUUUGGGACGACUUGUCGCAUACGCUAUUCACCGGCGUGGAGGUUCAGUCGGCUCUGGCACGGCAUAACCAACACCAAGGUGGCAAGCUCAUUGCCCCAGUGGUUUUUACCAGCAUGUUGGGCUUCCCGCACAGCGACGUCGGCUUUCUCACGGAUGAGUAUCGGGGCUGUGACUAUGCUAGGACGCAAACUUCGCAGGUGUGGCUGGAUAAUAACCUCUACGAAAGAGACGGCUCUUUGGUGGUUGAGUGGGACUACGUCUGCCAACUUUUCGACGAGCAACAGAUAAGCGAUAUGUUGGAAGCUUACCAACUGGCCAUCGUCUCACUUGCCAACGGCGAUUGGGACAAGCCGCUGCACAUUCCUCUCCCUGCCGCUGAUGAGCUGCUGCUGCGCCAGUACAAUGACACGGCCUGUUCGGACUGCAUGAUGCCGGCCACGUUGCAUGAACAGUUUUUAGUAUCUGCCGAGAGGUUUCCGGACGCUCCUGCUGUGGUUGCGGCGAGUGGUGGCCAGACGACUACUUAUCGACAGAUCGGGGCAAGAGCUGCGCAGCUGGCACAUCGACUUCAAUCAUCCGGCGUCUCCCGAGGAGAACGGGUCAUGAUUUGUGCAGAAAAGGGACCCUGGCUGGUGUUCGGCGCUCUUGGCAUCCUGAUGGCGGGCGCGGUGUUUGUCCCCGUCAAUGUGCAGUUGCCGCAAUUACGUCGCCUGUCACAGCAUAAAGAAAUUGCCGUUGAGGUUGGCAUUACCAUUACGUUCCACGACGUGUCAAACUGCAACGCGCUGGCCGAAUUCGACACCGUGCCGCCUGCCGUCAGCGUAGCAAUGAAUGACCCUGCGUACGUCAUUUUCACAUCCGGCUCUACAGGCAGACCAAAGGGGGUGUGCAUUUCGCACGGCGGUGUAUUGAACACUCUGCGAGAUAUCAAUAUGCGUCUGGCGCUGACGUCGGAUGACCGCACGCUUUGCCUGUCCAAUAUCAGCUUCGAUCUGGCGAUUUACGACGUCUUCGGGCCCUUAAUGCUGGGUGGAGCGGUCGUCAUGCCGGCGGAGCGCGCACUAGAUCGACCAGACGCCCUGAUACAAGUGCUGGAUGAUUGUGACGUCUCUGUUUACAACAGUGCUCCGGCCGUGAUGGCGCUUCUCGUACAGUCCGCUGGUGGAGGCCGACAUGGCAGAGUGCGUCACGUCUUGCUGAGCGGCGACUUCAUCCCGCUCGACUUGCCCGAGCGUAUCAGGAAGAUAUUUCCAGCGGCGAAACUGCUCAGCUUAGGCGGGGCAACGGAGGGAAGUAUUUGGUCUAUCUGUUACUCAUUGACCCUGGUCGAGAAGCACUGGACCAGCAUCCCCUAUGGCAAGCCACUGCUCAAUCAGCAGGUUUGGAUCCUAGACGCAGCCCGCAAUCCCUGUCCUGUCGGCGUUGCCGGCGAGAUCUAUCUGGCCGGCUGCGGUGUGGCGCUGGGUUAUGAAGCCGAUGCCGAGAAGACGGCAGCGUUUUUCGGACAGUUGCCUGACGGGCAGCGCUAUUACCGCACCGGGGACCAGGGCAUAAUGCACCGAGCAGGCUACGUUGAGAUCCUCGGGCGCCUGGACAACCAGGUGAAAAUUAAUGGCUUCCGCAUCGAACUGGGCGAAAUUGACAGCGUGCUUCAGAGUCACUCUGCAGUGCAAACCUCGCUUUCACGAGUCAUCGCCCACGGCGAAGCGUCAGCCCAGAAGUACCUAGUGUCUUACGUCGUGCCGCUGGUGUUUGAUCGCCUGGCAUUUAAGCUGGAGAAGCGUGGGAUAAGAAAUGGAUUAAAUGCCUCGGGAACUGUCAUGGACUUGAAGCCGCUCACGCCACAGACGAUCCUGUCUGACGCUGCCCAACGAGCGCUGGUCCGCAAGAGCUAUCGCCACUACCAGGCGAACCACCAACUAACGCUGGAAGUCCUGCAGCCGUUGAUCCAUACUACGGUGCAGACUGCAAAUAGCAAACAUCGUCUGCGCAUGUCUCCGGCAACGCUGUGGGCGGAGCUUGCGGUAUUGCUGACGCCUCUGCGUGCUUUCAAGCAUCGGAUAGAAGGCUUGAACAAGUACAUCUAUCCUUCUGCAGGAGGACUUUAUCCUGUGAGAGCUUACGUGACGGUCUCCCGCGCUUGGAGCGGGUGCGGGGGCCAUUACUAUUACCACCCGGAGAACCACGCACUGAUGCAGCUUGUAAGCGGCCCCGAACUGCUGCCGGAAACGGGAAUUUACCUGCAUCUCACCGGCUGGGGUGGCUACUGCUUCCAGGAAAGGCAGUUCCAACGCUGCGGCGAUAUCCCACUCAACUUCAAAUUUGGCCAGGAUGAGGACAAUGACGCCAUCAUCAAUCAGGCCUCGGCGCUACUGCUGCUACCGCCGACAAUACCGACACUGGAACAGGGGCGUCUCGUGCAGCGCAUUAGCGAGAAUCUGCUGACGUCUUCAUUGGGCAGUUGUGUAUUGGGUCAAGUCAAGCUGGAGGAUCAACUACUUGCCUAUACAAGGGGCCGCAACUUCCCCGCAGCGCUAGCUAUCGGCAAGAUACCAACCGACGACAUGGCCAACGGCGACAUAGAAAACAUCAACGUCACGAGGACAUUGUCUGAUGACAAACGUUUUGUGCGCAAGGUGGCAACCGCAUUUGUCUACAAACACCGCACCAUCGCGCAGCAGGCCAAAGCAAUUGUCCAGUGCGUGCUCCAACCGGCACUUGAUCACAUCGAGCUGAAUGAGGCGAAGCAUUCCAAGCGGCUAGUACUUUUCUCGCCAUCGGACAGCGGCGCAGAAGCCUAUUAUGCGCUGGCCCAGGCAUUGGCUAACGACGUCAACGUGAUUGGUAUCAACAAUUUCUUCAUCAACUACCCCGAGAAGGUGACCGCAGAUUGUUCGCGAUGGCUGGCGAUUCGCGACGCCGUUAUUACCAUUAUGUGGAUUGCCUUUUCGACCAUUUGA